AAGCGAGCCUCGAUACGCGCGUCGAAGCGUCGGCACAUCUCAUCACUACUUCUCUCCUUCCCGGUGAAACAAGCGGACGUUAAAAUGCGACUUGUCGGGGCGGAGAUCUCGGUUCUGUCUCUCCUGAUGAUGAGCCUUCACGGCGCUGCAGCACUGACUCACUUGCUGAAGUUUUUCCUCACUGGAUCCUCUGGAGUCCCAAACUUCCCAGAGUUUGUGGUUGUUGGGCUGCUGGAUGAAGUUGAGGUUGUUCACUAUGACAGUGACACCUGGAGAGUAGAACCCAGACAGGACUGGAUGAGCAGAGUCAGAAAGGAUCUGCCUUGGGACUGGUUAGCGCUGACUCAGAACGCUUUGGUCGCCCAGCAGGAAUUGAAAGCCUACAUUGAAAUAUUAAAACGACGCUUCAACCAAACUGGAGGUGUCCACGUUAUGCAGAGGAUGGUCACCUGUGAAUGGGAUGAUGAGACCAAUGAGGUCAAGGGUUAUGAUCAGUAUGGUUAUGAUGGAGAAGACUUCCUAUCAUAUGACCUGCAGACAGAGCAAUGGAUCGCUCAAAAACAGCAGGCUGUCAUCAUCAAAGAGAAGUUGGAUCGGAACCGAGAUCUGACCGCAGGGAACAAUGACUGCCUGACACCUUUUUGUGGUCGAUAUCUGAAUAUCUACUUGAACUACGGGAGGAGCUCUCUGAUGAGAACCGAGCGUCCCUCGGUGUCUCUCCUCCAGAAGACUCCCUCCUCUCCAGUCAGCUGCCACGCUACAGGUUUCUACCCCGACAGAGCCGACCUCUUCUGGAGGAAAGAUGGAGAGCAGCUCCAUGAGGACGUGGACCUCGGAGAGAUCCUCCCCAACCACAACGGGACCUUCCAGAUGAGGGUUGACCUGAAACUGUCCUCCGUCCCUGCUGAAGACUGGAGGAGGUACGACUGUGUGUUCCAGCUGUCUGGUGUGGACGAGGACAUCGUCACCAAACUGGACAAGAUCAGGACCAACACGGAGAAGCCUGCUGCCUCCACCUCCACCUCCAUCAUCAUCAUCAUCAUCAUCAUCAUCGCUGUGGCUGUUCUUGUCGCCAUCAUCGCUGCUGUGGUUGGAUUCAAGGUUUACAGAAAGAGGAACGCCCAACGCUCUUCUUCUUCUUCUUCUUCUAUUGACGGCUCUGAGCUCUGAGGAACUGAAUCCUAAACCUUGAAGUCGGCGUCCUGCACACAGUUUAUGGGUGAAUAUUGCUCUGGAUCAACAAGCGAUGCU